AUGCCGUUCGAGAGGCGGGUCGAGGCCGGCCGCGUGGCCCUGGUCAACUACGGCCCCGAGUACGGCAAGCUGCUGGUGAUCGCGGACAUCCUCGACCAGAACCGGGUGCUGGUGGACGGUCCGGGCGAGGAGCGGAGGGUUCACUCGCUCAAGCGGCUGGCCGUGACGGACAUCAAGAUCGACGUGGAGCGCGGCGCGAAGAAGAGCGCGAUCGUCAAGGCCUGGCAGGCCGCGGACGUGCCCAAGAUGUUUGCCGCCACCGGCUGGGGGAAGAAGAUGGCUGCGCGCAAGGCGAAGGCGGCGACGACCGACUUCGAGCGGCACGUGGCGAUGAUCAAGAAGAUCAAGCGGGGCAGGAUCGCGAAGAAGGCGCUGAAGGCGUAA